GCCUCCAUCUUUCUGGGAGAGAGCGGGAGACCGAGAAAGCCGUAUCAGCGGCUGAGAAACGGUUCUCUACUCCAACAUGUACAGAACCAAAGUGGGCUUGAAGGACCGCCAGCAGCUCUACAAGCUGAUCAUUAGCCAGCUGCUCUAUGAUGGCUACAUCAGCAUUGCUAAUGGCCUCAUAAAUGAAAUCAAGCCUCAAUCUGUCUGCGCACCCUUGGAGCAGCUCCUGCAUCUCAUCAAACUAGGAAUGGAAAACGAUGACACAGCGGUUCAGUAUGCAAUUGGUCGAUCAGAUACAGUUGCCCCUGGCACCAGGAUUGACUUGGAGUUUGAUGCAGAUGUUCAGACAAUGUCCCCAGAGGCUUCUGAAUAUGAAACAUGCUAUGUCACAUCCCAUAAAGGACCAUGCCGUGUAGCUACCUAUAGUAGAGAUGGGCAGUUGAUAGCUACUGGAUCUGCUGAUGCUUCCAUAAAGAUACUCGACACAGAAAGAAUGUUGGCCAAAAGUGCUAUGCCAAUAGAGGCCAUGAUGAAUGAGACUGCACAGCAGAACAUGGAGAACCACCCAGUCAUUCGAACACUCUAUGAUCACGUGGAUGAAGUCACAUGUCUCGCUUUCCACCCAACAGAACAGAUCCUGGCAUCUGGUUCGAGGGAUUACACCCUUAAAUUAUUUGAUUAUUCCAAGCCAUCUGCAAAAAGAGCCUUCAAAUACAUUCAGGAAGCUGAAAUGUUGCGCUCCAUCUCUUUUCAUCCUUCGGGAGACUUUAUACUUGUUGGAACUCAGCACCCAACUCUUCGCCUUUAUGAUAUCAACACCUUUCAGUGUUUCGUCUCUUGCAAUCCUCAAGAUCAGCACACUGAUGCUAUAUGUUCUGUCAAUUACAAUCCCAGUGCCAAUAUGUAUGUAACUGGUAGCAAGGACGGCUGCAUCAAAUUAUGGGAUGGUGUUUCAAAUCGAUGCAUCACAACUUUUGAAAAAGCACAUGACGGAGCCGAAGUCUGUUCUGCCAUUUUUUCCAAAAAUUCUAAAUACAUUCUUUCAAGUGGAAAAGACUCUGUAGCUAAACUUUGGGAAAUAUCAACAGGACGAACACUGGUCAGAUACAUGGGUGCGGGUCUGAGUGGACGGCAGGUGCACCGGACACAGGCUGUCUUUAACCACACGGAGGACUAUGUGUUGCUGCCUGAUGAAAGGACGAUCAGCCUCUGCUGCUGGGACUCCAGGACAGCUGAGCGGAGGAACCUGCUGUCUUUGGGGCACAACAACAUUGUACGCUGCAUAGUAUACUCACCCACCAACCCCGGAUUUAUGACAUGCAGUGACGACUUCAGAGCCCGGUUUUGGUACCGGAGAUCAACCACCGACUGAGCCACCUUCAUUACGAGGGUUCUUGUCUCUAGGACUCUGCCUUCCUCCCCUGUGUCCUGUCACCAGCUUCCAUAGUAAGUCAUUGCACCAUCUUUGACAGUUGUGCUGCCAGCUCUGUCUGCAUCCUUCUUGGAUUUGUACAAAAGAAUCUUUUUUUACCUUGAUGUAGAAUCAUGGUGGAAAAAGUUGGAAACACAGAUCUGUGCAGUUAUUCUACAUUCACUGAUUAUUACAGUGUGACUUUCAUCGAUUUUGUAAAUACAGGACUUGCCAUUUCUUUGGAAUCUCUUGAUCAUUUGGAGGAUAAAAUAUUAAAGUGCUUUCUAGAUUUCAAGUGAAUCUGUCAUGAGGAACUUUCAUUUGGUACUUUGUCAACGUCCAUGCCUCUUCCACUACACUCUGUAUCUUUCCUUCCCAGAUACAUUGGCAUGCAAGUAGCCAUGUGGCUCUGAGGAUCCAGAGUUUGUACCGUGUUGAACCAUUUUUGAGACACUCGGUUCUAUCAUUAAAUGACAUCAUUCUGAUAAUAAAGCUCACAUAUGCAA